UACGAUUCGUGCAAGACAAAGAAUUCGGUCGCUGCGGCCGCGUUUGUUCCGUGUGCGCGCUGCUUAACUCCCACCUAGGCACUUGAUAACAAACGUCGCGCGUAAAAGGCCUUUUCUCAGCCUUUUUUGCAUUCUUCUUCUUCAAUGUAACUCCGUUAUUCCGGCCGUGCUGACGUCGCGUUUAUCUAUCACCGUGCUAUACGCGUAUCGUAUACGUCUCUCCUUACGUCUUCUUUGGGCAUUUUCUUAUCUCGCGUACAGCAUCACCAUCAUCAUCGUUGUUCGACGCUCGAGCCGAAAUUGUCCCAAUUUUUUCGCCAGAUCGCAGUCAGUUCAGACUUUUCGUCACAAUUCGUCGAUCGAUCGCGGUUUUCCUUUCGUUACGUAUGUAAAUUUGCGCGUAAGUUUGCAAUUUUUUUCCUCACCUUAGUCGAUUUCAUCAACUUUUGCAUACGCAGUGAUAAUUUAUAGUUUCGCCAUCAUUUCACCCCCAACUCGUCGCAUCACCCUUCGAACCUUAACCAUAGCCCGGCACGCGAGAAUAUUCGUGUAUCAAUCGGUUGAUUUUCACGUGAUUCGAUCGAUCAUGUUGUUCCAACACGUGCAGCGUCACCUCGUCAUCUGAGUAUUUGAGAAAAUCGUCGUCAAGCUGGCAAACGUCAAUUACACCAUCAAAUCGAUCAAAAUGAUACGGCUCGAAUCGUCCACCUCGAAGCGACGGCUCUUUAAGAAGGUCUAGACGAACGACACCACAUCUGAUCCGGCAGCAUUUUCGCAGGCCUUUUAUUGAAAACGUAUGAGAAAAUCACCGAUCCCACACAAUAUCGAAGUAUUCGUUACUCGUCUGGUUGGCGAAUUCAUAUGUUAGUCGUGCAAGGGCCCUCUGAAUUUCCCCAUUUCGUUCCAGCCUGCUAACAGGGAAAGUGCUUAUAUCCCUCACUCCGCAGCCACUGUUCUGGAGACAAAACUAUUCGUUGAAAUUCAAACUUUUGGAGAAAUUCAAAAUUUUCAGAAAUAUGUCUGCGAAGCGGAAAUCACCGCCUUCAAAGUUACCAGAAGGAUCGGAAAUAUCGACGUCUGAUAGGAUGACCGAUACGGUGGCGACUACGUUACGUAACAGCCACAGCCACAGCCACGUCGUCGAUACGAAACAAGACAAUGAUUCUAGUCUAGAAGAGCACAUCUUGCGCGGACCCAGUCCCAGUCCUAAGCGUGCCGAAGAGAACGCAUUUCCUUAUAAGAUGUCUCCGACCUCGGAAACCUCGUCGGCGAUCGCGUCCGGCAGCGAAUACGAGGAUUUCUACAGCAACGACGAAGACUGCGGUAAUUCGCCGUCGCAGAAACGUCCACGAACGCAUAUACCGGCGACGGAUUUUAGAAAUUUCGAAAACGGUUUCGCCUAUUCGACGUACGAUCCUACCAGUCCGCUGUUUUUGGGCGGCGUACCGACCCCCUUAUCGUCGCUGCUCUCGCUACAACAGCAGCAUAGCAAUUACGAAAGAUUACAUUUAAACAAUAAUAAUACCUUAUAUAAUAAUAAUAACGAACAAAAUUCCGUAUGCGGUACGAACAAUAGUCGAAAUUCCGAUACCACCACCACGAAUACCAAUUCCAGUAAGAAAAGCAUGGAAGACGUGCUCAAGAAGCUCACAUCCAAAAUGAACGAUAACUCGAUAAAAGAAGAAAGAUCGUCGCAUUCCCCGUCGUCGAAGCGAAGCAUUUCAGCCAACAACUCGUCCGACCAAAGCAAAUUCCAUCACGAUGGCAUCGAUCCUGCACUACUGAGGUUACUCCAGUUCCAAAUGAAGUCGAACUCUGAUUCAUCCGAUCCGGCCACCAUCGCUGCUGAACAAGACAAACAAUUAAAAGAUUGGAUAUUACAUUUGGAAAAAGUACGAGAGAAACUGGCAUCUCAACAGGAGCUUUCUCAAAAUAAUAAGAUGUUGUCUUCGGAAACACAGUCUAAACAAGCCGAAUACCAUAAACGAAAUAAAGAAAUGAUUCUGCAGCAGCAGCAGCAAGAAUUAAUGCAUCAGCAUAAGAUACAAGAAUUACAGAAUCAAAUAUCCAGCCAAUACGCAGGAAUGAAGGGUAUAAACCCGCAGUCAUUGAUGUUUCUACCCAUGCUGGAGCAUAUGAGACCCUUACCUGGAGCCAUUUCGGGUCUUGGUAGUAAACUUCCGCCUAACGCUGUUCCACAAAUACCACAAUUACCACCUUCGCUGAUAGCACCUUGGUUGAAUUACUUACCGCCUACGACAUUGAAUAAUUCGCAAUCACCGUCUCCUCCGGCUCCCACCACCGAUCCGGAUGCACCUUUGAAUUUGACUAAACCGAAAUCCGAGUCAUUCGGUUCGAGUAAUUCGACUAAUUCUACACCUCGUUGGAACGAUAGCCUGAUAAGUACUAGUAAUUCGUUAGAAGCGGCGUCCAAAUUGCUACCAACAUCGCUAAUGAUGCCUAGACCAUUUUUGCCCUAUCCAAAUUUACCACAUCAUCCUUCCAGGCCAAAAUUAUCACCGAAUAAAGAAGCCGAUAAAUUACCAUCGUUUCCUAACCUGUCUAAUAUGUAUCCGUCGGUAAAUACGCAACAGCAGUCGAAUAUUCGAGAUGAUAUUAAAGACGAAGGUGAUUUUCCAGGUCUUUAUCAGAUGUGGGGAACCGAUGGAGGUUACAAGAUACCAGAUGAAAGUGGAGAUAAAGCCAAACUGGUGCGACAGCAUAAGCGAGACGGGGAGCAAAAACCACACAUUAAAAGACCAAUGAACGCGUUUAUGGUUUGGGCUAAAGACGAAAGACGGAAGAUAUUGAAGUCGAACCCUGAUAUGCAUAAUUCAAAUAUCUCGAAAAUAUUAGGAGCUCGUUGGAAAGCCAUGUCCAACUCGGAUAAACAACCAUAUUACGAAGAACAAUCCAGAUUAUCUAAAUUACACAUGGAGAAGCAUCCAGAUUACCGAUACCGACCUCGACCCAAGCGAACUUGUAUAGUGGAUGGUAAAAAAAUGCGAAUAUCGGAAUAUAAAAUGCUGAUGAGGCAAAGACGCAAUGAAAUGAGACAACUUUGGUGUCGUAACGAUAGCGCCGGACCUUCGGCUAAUUCGGGUCCUUCGAGUUUUAAUUAUUCCCACGACGAUCCCGGAUCGCCUAUCGAGAUGAUGAAUUACUCUCCUAAACAUUCUCCAAAUUUUGAAAACCAUAGUUCAUACGAAGAAGAUUAAGAUUUAAAAUGGAAUACCUACGGACGUGCAGAAGACUGAUUUCUCCUGUUCAGUGCUAUACAGUCGUCGAAAUACAAACAAAACGUGCGUUUUUAAUUUUUUUUCUCGUUUUUUUUUCUUUUUUUGUAUCAAAAUAUUUUUGUUUUCUGUGAUAGUACUUCUCAUUAAUUUAUUGUAAAUUAUGGCUUUUUUUAUAUGUUUUUUUUUUUUUUUGUUAUUUUGUAAUGUUUCGAUGACCUUUUACAAAUGUGUCGCGAAUUUUCUCCUAUGCGAGCGGUUGUAUUUCAUGCGUUUUUUAGAAAAAAAAAUAAUAAUUGCUUAGUUUAUAACGAUAUUAGAUUGGAUAUGAGAUCUAUGUACAAUUUAUGAGUGAAUAUUCCACGUCUCGUUUUAUACGUGUACUUCUCUUCACUCCUUUUUCUUUUAUGUGAUUUUUUCAAAUACCUAUUUUAUGUAUAGGUAGAUUUCAAUUCGAAGCUUUGAAUUCAUUAUGUUGAGAUCUCUUUUUAACGAGCAAGUUGUAACCCGGAGUAUUUGACUCGCAAAUAAUCCAGGGAAAUUUUAAGAAAAGAAUAAAAUUUUCGAUUCCCUCGAGGUUACUUUUGAUACCUGGUGGUGUAGAAUUUUUUCCAAAAAAAUUACGUAUAUUUUCUAGUGAUCUCGAAACCUCCACCGGGUACCUAUUUAAUUUAGGUAGGUACUCGCUUAUCUAUCGACAUCGAGUGAUCAAGUAGAUAUACUUGUCGAAUAAAUAAGCCAUUUUCCCUGCAGAUUCGAAUCGCCCAAAAAACGAUUCGAUUCGAAAAGAAAAAAAUGUUUUCUAAAAAGCGUAUAAAAAAUUCGCUUUUACGUUGUAAAUAAUACACAUUUUUCCAUUCUAUAUUGUUGAUGCCUGUAAAAUGGUAAUGUUAUUAAACUGAACGUAAAUUUAAGUUAGUUCUUAAAAAUUUCUUUAGAAUGAUCUCAUGUUUGUUAGAUGUCUCGUUGAAACAAAAAAUUUUAAAAAUGUACACAUGUAAAUAAUGCUCGAUUUAUCGAGAUUUUCAUUGUUUUUGCUUCUGUUUUGUUAUACGAUCUUAAAUCAUUAUGCUGUAUUUUUAAAUUUAAUUAUCUUGUCCAAAAUUUUCAAUUUUGUACAAAUUUCAAGCGUGAUGCUCAUUGUACUGCACGUGUUUUUUUUCUCUUUUUUUUCAUCUUUUGUUUUGUAGUCUUAGGUUGUAUUAUUCCUACAGUUUUAAGUAUACUGAAUACUCUGUUGUGUACUCGAGCGUUGUUAGUACUUUUUGUUGAUUUAAUUAAAAUUAUAUAGUCAUUUUAGCAUUACGCUGUACUUAAAUAUUACGUAAAAAAUUAAAGCAUUAUUGUUA